CGUCGCGCGGGGAGGGUCGUCUCUCUUUGGAAUUCCCGUUUUCGAUUUUUUCCCUUCUGCUUUUCUUUUUCAUUCCCGUGAAAGAGACGCUUCCCUUAUGAAGCGUGAUAUCGGCGACACGAGGGCGAGGAAAAUAAAUAGGAAAUAAAAAAGGGAGGGGGGUGACCUCUCGAGAUUUCAAGACUGUCCACUGGGUCACGGGGCUGGGAGUCGUCAGCCCCUCUCUCGAGGGAAGACAUGAGGUCCAAGAGGAACGGCCUCGAGGGCACUUCCGCCCUGAGGAACGGGAAGGAAGGAACGGGAGAGAAGAAGAAGGGGAAGGCUAUCUGCCAGUCUUGCAAGAAGAAGUGCAGCGGCGAGGUGCUGCGAGUGCACAAUAAAUACUUUCACAUAGGCUGCUUCAAGUGCGUCCAGUGCAAUUCGUGCCUGGCGCAGAAUGGAUUUUUCACCCACGAGGGUGCAUACUACUGCCUGAAGGACUACCGCGAACGAUGGGGCACCAAGUGCACCGGUUGCGGGGAGUAUGUCGAGGGUGACAUGGUCACUGCUGGAGGGAAACAUGCAUUUCAUCCCAGCUGCUUUCAUUGUCGGAGAUGUAGACAACCUCUUCUGGGACAAGGGACCAAGGUGACGCUGGUCCAUGGUCAAGUGCUCUGUCAUAAGUGCGUCGGCAUGCCCUCGAGGGAGACGUCCACCCCGGUGGGCAACAGCGCCCCCACCUCGACGGGCGACACCUCGACCGACCCUGGAGCUUGUGCAGGUUGUGGACAACAAUUACGAGAUGGUCAGGCCCUGGUCGCCCUGGACAGACAAUGGCACGUCUGGUGCUUCAAGUGCCACAGCUGCGACACCGUUCUCCAGGGCGAGUACAUGGGAAAAGACGGGGUGCCUUAUUGCGAGAAGGACUACCAGAAGCAGUUCGGGGUGAAGUGCGCCUACUGCAGCCGCUACAUAAGCGGCAAAGUGCUGCAAGCAGGAGACAACCACCACUUCCAUCCCACCUGCGCCAGGUGCACAAAAUGCGGAGACCCCUUCGGGGACGGCGAGGAGAUGUACCUGCAGGGUGCGGCCAUCUGGCACCCUCGUUGCGGCCCAGGGCCUACCGGGUCGAAUGGCAUCGUCAAUGGGCACGGGGAUGCCCACACGCCCCGGCACCGAGAGUCCGAGCGCAUCUCCAGCAGCGCUUCGGAGAUGCAAUUUUCAAUGCGGUCACGCACGCCAAGCCUGAAUGGAUCGCUGGGCAGCCCUUUCAGCAGCCUGAGUCGCAAGUACUACUCUGCAAGAUCCGGCAGUCCUGGACUCACUCUGCGGGAAUAUGGACGGGGUGGAAUCGAGGAUGUCUCCAGGAUUUACACUUACUCUUACCUUACGGAGACGCCAACACAGGGGUAUCUGAAACGUCCUAUUCAGCCUUACGACAAACCGCCGACCAGUCCUCAUUUCCAUAGACCGAGCUCGUCGCGCUCGAUAAGGAGCAGUGGAGGACGCAGCAGCCGGUCAGGAAUGAGAGCCAUGGUGGACUCUUUAAGCGACACGAGGCCGAAAUCCCCGGCAGCGGGGAGCCAGGUCGACAACGACGAGCCUAUCGAAUUGGCACAUUAUCCGGAUGCGAUGAAACCUCCCCCGGGAGCACAGCCUCCGAUCGAGAGGGACGAUUUUCCUGCCCCUCCUUAUCCUUACACCGAUCCCGAACGACGUAGAAGAUGGUCCGGCACAUACAAGGGCGUGUCGACCUCGGACGACGAGGACGUCGUGGAUAAUCAGGCGUAUAUCCAGGAGGCCGAACAGAAGCUGAAAAAGGAGCGAGAUGAGUUGAGCAAGAUCGACACGGGCAUCGCUAAAGUGUUCCUACAGGACCGGGAGAAGGACCGGGAGAACCUGCGACACAAGGCUGCCAACGUCGACCCCAGGAACGCGUCGAGGACGCCAUCUGCCGCUCGAGAGCCGACCUACAGAUUGCGCUACGAAAGCCCAGUCGGUGCUUCGCCCUCCAGGAACAUCGACCACGCGAAGCCCUGGGAGGACGACGACGGCAUCAGCUGCAGGUCGAGCGUAGGGCCGGCCUACAAUGCUGGGAGGUCUUCGGCUCGUUCCCCGGCUCCCAGAAACUAUCCGCCCCUUGGUACUCAACGAGCGUUCACCCUUCCAACCGCCUCUAGGCACUAUCAGUCGGUUGACUACUCCUUCAGCGGAAUGGGCGACAAGACUCAUAGCACCGACUUCUCCUCAGGAAAAUCCGACAUAUCUGCAGGCAGCAUCACGGAUGUGGACCGGCGGGCAUUGGUAUGUACCACAGCCCCCUACUACUCCCGGCGAAUUAGCAUGAAUGACGGCGGGAUUCUGCCUUCAUCAACCACAUACACAGGUGGACUGGGCUCGGUGGUCGGAUCCCAUGGUGGACACCACGUCCGUCGAUCCCUCCCGGAUAUGGGAGCGACCCCCAGCGAACCUCCGAAACUCUAUCCUUAUCAUUUGCUGAUAAUCACCAACUACAGGUUGCCGGCCGACGUAGAUCGUUGCAACCUCGAGCAUCACCUCUCCGACGCGGAGUUCCAGAUGGUCCUGGGCUUCAGUCGAGCAGAGUUUUACCGACAACCUCUGUGGCGUCGCAACGAGCUGAAGAGACGAGCCCGACUCUUCUAAUUCGACGGACGAAGGAGUACCAUCCGGCCGCCAUUUUGUCCAGCCCUUUCUUCCCCGUUUUCCAUGGAUAUGAAAAAAUUAACGGCCAGUGUACCGUCAUUUACGUGGAGUUAAAAAUGCCGGCCGGUGCAACCGCCACUUCUUUUUUAAUUACGAAAUGACGGUCGGCGUGUAGCCCUCGUUUUCGUGGAUUUAAGAAAAUGGCGGCCGGUGCAACCGCGUACAUUCCUUCCGCGCGAUCCGUAGAGUAGUCGUGAGAGUAUAUCGUAGAUCGUUUCUAUGGAUAUGCGUGACGGGGAAAACCCGGGAAACUGGGGAUGUCCUAAUGGUCGGGUGUCGGAAAUGUACACACCACUGCCACUCGUCAAUUCUCUCGGCCAACGAGUCCGGGACUUUGCGGAGCGGAAACGGGCGGCUUGACACAGUUCUUAGAGCAGAGUUCACGGCGCUUAGCCCGUUUUCUAUUGUAGGAUGUACGGCCGGCUUUUACUGUCUAUCGCUGGUGGGGAAAGUGACAAGAAUAAGGAAAAGAAUUUCGACGAUAGGAGGCGCGGAACGCUUAGAUGCGAUUUUCUAUAUAUGUUUUACUAUUCUUUGAUAUGGACCUCGGACAAUUGGUAUAAAGCGCGUCACGGAGUUACCAAUCAGUUCGGUGAAGUUUUCAUACGUUUUUUGGGUUUUUUUUUUUCCCCCCGGGGAUCGAGGUGCAACGUUUGGGCGUUUUUCUAACUUUUAUGGGGUUUUCGUGGGGUUCUGCAGCCUCUCGUUUUCAUUGCAGAGACCUGAUCGCAACCGGUGAUCGCGGGUAGAAGUUCGCGUCGCGCCUGACGCACUUCCGGGAGGUUAUUCAAUGUUCAACUAGUGUUAACGUCGAUAGUUCCGAGUUUUUUUUUUUUUUUUUAAUCGGGCACCGCGACGCUGGACGACCUCGCGGGAUAUGUAUUUAAUUAUUAACGAGUAUUCCCAUCGAUAUCCAAGCUUUGGUCCCGUCUGGCGAUGCGAUGCUGUGUCGGGAAGGUGUUUAACUGCACAAGAGUCGUGGAAGGGCGCGGCGAGGUCGGGUAUAGGGAAUAUAGUGAGGAAGAGUAUAGACGGUGAAAAAAUUUCAAGAUUCUCUUCGGUAUGCUAGGAGUUACACUUUUAGACGAGUCGAAUGCUUAUCGUUACCCUGUUUCGAGUCUUUUAGUGCUGGAAAAGUUUCAUCCAUCGCCUAUAGUCCUCCUCACUAUAUCUCCUAUGUUCGACCUCGUUGGCAACGACGAAGAAUGACUUCCCGAGGCGAAAAGGGAACCGGGCAAGAAGCAAGGGGACGCAGGCAAUACGCCAUCGAUAGGAUGCACUGUUGUAAAUAAAAAGAAACGCGAAAACGAGACAAGAAAAACGGCCAGGAAGAAGAUAGCAGGAUCCGUGUGCUCGCGUCGCAGAGGAGCUGCGCGCGCAUACGCUUUUCCCGAUUAAUUAUACAUAUAUACAUAUAUACAUACCUACGUAUAUAUAUAUAUAUAUAUAGAUAAAAAAAUAUUACACGAUGCUAUCACGUAAGAGCUACUACUAUUGAUAAUUUUAAUAACUACCAUUAUAUUUUAAUAUAAGUGAGCAACAAAAAAAGGGUACGAAAUGUGUAGGUAGGAGCUACAGCUUGUUAUCGAGGGAGCUGAUUUCUUUCCUCGAGGAUGUCGAGCUCUAGGAUUUGAAGGAUUUAUUAAUCGGUCUCGAUUUAAUAACCGAUGCCUCCGGGAGCCAAGCUCGAGUAAAGAACUCUAGAACGUGUUGCACGACUCGACGAAGUCCGGAAUCAUUUUUAUCGAGGCUCCGAUAGUGCGACACUCGCAAUAACGCUGAUUACCUAUAUACAUAUAAAUACAUAUAUAAAUAUAUAUAUAUAUAUAUAAGGACCGAGCGCGAGGCUGUGUCUUUUAACGGGUCCUUUUGUACAUUGAGUUUUCGGCUCUCGCGCGCCAUCAGCGAUUGCGUUUCUUUUGCUAUUAAUUAUUAAUUAUUAAUUAUUGAUUAUUGAUUAUUGAGUACUAUUAACAUUUAUCCGUACGCGUCCUAUGCUAAGUCAUGUGCCUAUGAGAGGAAGAAGGAGGACGUGUCGCGAGGAUGACUCCUUUUAUUUCCUGCUACGCUGAUAAAAAUUAUAAUGUUAAUUUAAAGUUAAUUUUUGGUUGUUUCGAUGGCACAAUAAAUUGCAGGAAAGUUACAUUGACUCCGUAAUGUCACAUUCAGCUUAUAAGUGGAGUUAAGGGAAAUUAUAAUGUAACGUUAGGUGUAUUUAUUCACUUUUUAAUUUGUAAUUUUUUUAGUCUAGUGUUUUUUUUAAUGUAAAAUUAUGGUUUUAGGGUGUGUAAAGAUGCAUGUAAAUUUCUAUGGAUUUUUAUCAGUUUCAGGGAAAGUCCUUUGACACGUUCUCGAGUCGCGUUUGUACAUUUCUGUGUCGACACUCGCCUAUUCGUUUCCUCAGCUUUUUCGCGGCGAGAAGGCGAAACGUAAUUCGGGAGAUUUAAUGUUCACGUAGUGAGAAAAGCGGGGAAGAAAUUGGCAUCCUUGCUUACUCUUGUUCAAGGAUUCUUGAAAUUACUGGAGGAAGAGUCGUUCCGCCUUCCAAGUCGUACUAUUCGAGCCACCUGUAAGUUUCUAUUGUAUAAAAGCACAUUGCUUGCGCUAGUCCCUAAAGUUAAAUAAAAGCAAACUCUGUAAGUC